AUGUCGAGUUUUGUGUUUCUAUUUUCGCUUGGAAAGGCAAAGUCCCUUGUGAAGUCGACCACGAACUUUGUCCGCGAAAUUCUAAAAGAAGCUGACACUGAAGCCGAUGGUGGAAUCCCUGAAGCCAGAGAACUUCGCAAAGAACAGGAAGCCGAGAUUGAACCACGUCAUCAAAAAGCAGAUGAGCUGGUACAAGGAGCAGCUGGAACCUCUGUGCAAGCCUUGCAACUUGCUUUGGAGAUGGUUGAAGCUCUCCUCUUUCAGACAGUGAAAACUGAGCUGGCUGGUCAAUAUGCUACGUCGUCAUAUCUCACAAACUGGCGUCAGCGCAUCGUUAUGGCGCGAAUUGGUGAGAUCCUGUGGACCGUCAAGGAUGCUUUGGAGUUAGCGCGGGAUUUGCAGGACUCCGCCCUUGCACGGGUUCAUCUCAGUCGAGUGAAAGAACCGGAUGCACCUGUUGCUGCGAUCAAUGAAGCCACAAAGGCGUUGGAGGUUUUCAACAAGCUGGAUCAGGAGAUUCUUGAUGAAGACAGACUUCAUGCAGACAUUCUGUUUGUCCUUGGUGAUGCGCAGCUGACAAAAGCCUUGGCGUCUCCCUUUAGCGAGGCACGAGAGGAGUCUUUGGAAGCCGCUGCUGCGACCAUGCGCCAAGCCAGUGAGGUCUACAAGAAGCUGGGGGAGACGAAGUGGUUGGGCCGUUCAAUGCUGGGAACGGCCUUGGCACUCGUAGGUCUUGAAGAUGAGGAUCAGCAGAUGGAUGGUGAGCGAUUGGCCGAAGAUGCCAAGGACCACCGAAAUGCAGCUGCAUCAGCUCUCCAGCUUUUCCGUGCUGCUGAGUGGCGCCGAGCCGAGACAGCAGUGCUUCAAACCUUUUGCAGAGUGGAGUCAUUGAACCAGAACUUUGACAAGAGCAUCAAGUGCGCCAAAGAGGCAGAUCAACGUGCCGAAGCAGAAGCUCUUGCAUAUCAGGCAGAAGCUGCUUUGAGCAAGCUCAACACCGAGGAGAACACCCUUCCUACAGAAGAAGCUCAGGCUUUGGCUGAUGAGGGCAAGCAAUGCUCCGACAAAGCCAGAGACAUUUUCCUUGAACUGGGCGACAAAGAAGGACUACAAAUCGUGGAUGAGGUCACCUUCGUCUCCACGAACGUGGCCGUCGAGAAGUAUUGCGAGGCAACGCCUCCGACUCGGAUGAUAACCACCUUGAAGUCCGAUGGUCAUGGCGCUCAAGAGGUGUUUGGUGAAUGGAUCAUCAACCGUGGCGAGGAGAUGGACCCUUUGAAGGUCAGAAGAUUGCUCAAGGAUGGUCGCUGCACAGGGCCAGUGCAGUAUACCUGA